CUUAAUCGAUGAAUUACUCCUCGAUUUUGGAUAAAGGCAUAAAAUUUGGUGGGGUUUUUCCUAUUAUCGGCUGCCAAAAAAACCAACCGAGCCACCAGCUGUUAACAGAGUUCCGAUCAGAGUAGUCAACCUCUUCUGCCUCUUCGCCUUCACCCUCGUCUUCUCCGCUCGCGUGCCUCGGCUUGGUUUCCACAAGGUCUGCGCUUUUACAUACGCUAUCUCAUAGUUGGGAAUCGGGAUUCCUUUCAAAGUUUCUGAAUUUGCUGUGUUUCUGUCGAACAAUCGGCUGAACAGCUCACGAAUAAUUUCGCCUAAAAUUUCUAUUUCGGGUUCGUGCGGUUUUGACUUGAGAUGCUUAAAAUUGUUCGGCUUCGCUUCUUUCGGAUGAUCGAAGCAAGAGGAAGAAGAGCGUAAUCUCUUGAAUUGAUUAGUGGGUCUACUUAUUUGAUUGUGAUUUUAGGUGGGCAGUCAGUUAAUUGAGAUUCUGGCCAGUAAUGGAAUUGUCUGUAGGACAUAGAAGUAGAAAACUUUACACGGUUUUGUUUCGCUGGAUGAAGUUUUAGCUUGUCUAUUUACUUUUGUGCUGAUCAGGUGCAGGAAGGAAUGGCUAAGAGUUGCUUCAAGCAAGAGCAUGAUCAUGAGAAGAGAAAAGCCGAGGCUGCCAGGAUUAGGGAGAAAUACCCAGAUAGAAUUCCGGUCAUUGUAGAGAAGGCAGAGAGAAGCGAAAUACCGAACAUAGAUAAGAAAAAGUACCUUGUCCCAGCUGACUUGACUGUUGGACAGUUUGUUUAUGUUAUCCGAAAGAGAAUCAAAUUGAGCGCUGAGAAGGCAAUCUUUAUAUUCGUUGACAAUGUCCUCCCACCAACCGGUGCCAUCAUGUCUUCAAUAUAUGAAGAGAAGAAGGAUGAAGACGGGUUUCUGUAUGUCACUUACAGCGGCGAGAACACUUUUGGGACGAAGAUUCAGCAGUAGAGCCGUCCCUAAUUGCCGCGGAGCCUCCAUAAGUUUCCCUGUUUAUCUAUCAAGCUCGUUGGUGGGAGACACUUGUGCAUAGGGUAUAUUAUAUAUCUUGUAUAGAAACUUCCCAGAACUUGUCUAUCUAGUUAAUUAUUCAAGUUGGAAAAUGACUUGGCCUUCUGCCUGGCGUUGGCGUAACAAUUUAUCAAUAAUCAAGGUAGAGCUGAAGUGCAUUCUGUGUUUGUUUCAGUUUUGCGCAAAACUGAUAGAAACCUAAAAUUAGGUUCUAUCAGUUUCUAGGAAUUUGGAGAAAGAGGCGAAUCACGGAGGGAGUGAUUAGCUCUUCCUUUGGGGAACAUGGUAAGGGAGAAGGAGAUAAGGAAAUUGUGAG